UCAUAUUAUUUUCAUCUAGUCCAGUCGUGUGAUGUUGCAUCUGUUUUGCACUCACGUCUUAUCCUUCUCCCUGCUGAUGGCGUCCCCCCUGGUGAGUGCCAGCGUGUCAAACAGCUUUAAAGUCUGCCGACAUGUUUUCUACAUGCAGACACCACCUGCAGGGAUGAAGGGAACCAGCCUGAGGAGCAUUUGCCAGAAGUUUGCGGACAAACUGCGCUACGCCACCUUGUAUGACGGCAGUCGCCGCCUUCCUCUCUACUCAGCCUACGUCUUUCAGAAGUCUGAUGGGAAGAGGAGGAUGGACACCCCAUGGAUGUAUGAGCCACAGUUGGUUUCUGAUGGUGAGAAUAGCAACAUGAGAGCACUUCCCCUCACUGAAGACACUCCCCCUCUGAUUGAGGACAGCCAGGCUGUGUUGGAGGACUACACAGAUGCUGUAGAAUACAGACGUGGCCCACUGAAUCCUGACCUGCACCAAUCAGAGCCAGACGAUAAAUCAUCCACAUAUACACUGACCAAUGUCGUCCCAUUAAUCACAAACUUCCUGGAGACUUCCUGGAACCCAUACUUGGACAUCAUCCGUCGUCGCCUCAACAACUUCUGCCACGGCAAAUCUUUCAUGGUGACGGGGGUGACCAUUUCUGGGGCGACCAUCCAGCGAGAGAACAGGGACCGCCUGGCAAUCCCAAAACACGUGUGGCUGGCUUACUGCUGCCCACGGUUUGACCGUAACUCUCCGUAUGAGGUGAGGUUCAUGUUCCCUAGUUAUGGAGGCUAUGCGUUGAAUGAACAGACUGACCACAGUGUGGUGGAGGUUCCUCUGAAGACUCUGGAGAGCUUCUUGAGGAGCCAGACGGACAUAGACAGUGACCUGACUAUUUUCUACAAGGGCUGUGUGUCAGAAAACACCUUCAAGAAAAGGAGAGACCUGACCGUUGUUUCAGUAUGAUGGGACAUCUUGAACUGGAUGCACGGUCAUGGAUGAAGUGCAUGAUGAAGUGUAAAAACAGGACUAGCCAUUUCAUGGUUAACAUGGUGCAGGCCCUUUAAGUAUGGGCCAUGGCACAGUUGACCAGUUGAGUUGGCAUCACCAAAGGACGUAGGGUGUAACUACACAGUAAGGGGCACCAGAUAAUACCAGAUAAUAAAAAGAAUGAUCAAAAUUGCAGCAGCAGAGCCUGAGAUUUCCUUUUAUACUUUUUAUUUUACACAAUAUCAAGUAUUACCAGAUCCACUUUUCACUGUGCAAGUGUAAUUCAUAGAUGUCAUGUGUAAAGAGGAGAC